CGCUGCUGGUUGUCACUUUCCCUAAAAUUGCGACUUCGGCCAUUUUUGUGUUUACAUUGGACGAGGAGUUUCAUCUGGUUGUUUAGCACGAACAUAUAGAUCGUUGGAUCACUUACCAUCUAGAAUUGUGUGGCAGUUUUCAAUAAAGAAAAAGAAUGUCGCGUUCAGUUCGUGCGGAAACCAGGAGUCGUGCCAAAGAUGAUAUUAAACGGGUGAUGCAAGCCGUGGACAAAGUCAGGCAUUGGGAGAAGAAAUGGGUAACAAUCGGUGAUACUACAAUGAAGAUCUACAAGUGGGUCCCUAUUUCCAACAGUGAACAGAAGAAAAAAAUGUCGAAAGGUGAAAACAAGGAAAACACUCGGAAAGAACCCACGCAUGUCGCUCCCAACUUCGGGAUCACCACAGAGGAUUCGAAUACCUGUUUCUCGAUGGUGAGUGACUCACAAGGUGCGACUGAAUUCGUCUCCAGCAUGCCAUUCUCGGAGGACUCUAACUCGCAGGGCAGUGAAGGGCCGGCCAAGCGAUUAAAAACGGGCGACUAAUGGUCGUGCUGAGCCCCACCAGCGAACAAAUACUUCAUAGUUAAGACACGGACGAUGAACAUUUGAAGACCGACCUUUCCUGCAUUAGUGUAGUCAGUGGAAUAUUUGUGGACUGUUACGGUUAUGAUUUGAUUGAUUUAGAUUCCAUUAAGCAAAAUAUUUAAGUCAAAACUAGGUAAAUGUAAAAACAUUUGUGCGUUUUUGAUACUUUUAGUAUCGUCGUUGUAAUUUAAGUGAAGAUGCAUUUUAAUUCCUUAGAAACAAUCACAAGCAAAUGCGAUGUACGUGGGAAUAUUUUUACGUUCCAUUUAAAUUUAAGGUAAUUAUUGAGACGUGAUUUCCUUCAUAAAUAGUUGUUCAGAAAUAUAGAUAAUAUAUAAUACAGUGAAAGUUGGUAAA